AAUGUAUUCAGUUGUUGUUGAGCGCUCGAAGCGUAAAGAACGGUUGGUGGCAACGCGAAAAGGCGAAAAGAAAAUCUCAAAUAUUCGGUGAAAAGCGCUAAUAUUUUUUUAAUAUUUUAUGUGGAUUCGUUUGAGCGCGCCAUCAAUUGAAUUGAAGGUGUUCUUGCACAGUGUCUCAUGGACAUUUAUGUUUGUUCGUUUGUACGUGUUUUGGACAAAUUAAAAAAUAUUCGUAAUUUAGAAGGCGGGCAGUGCUGUGUUUAUAUUUAUAAAGAGCAAUAAAAAUCGUCAACUCAUAAUUGCUUUAUCAAAAUGGGAAAUGCAGGAUACACAUGCAUUCGAAGGACGUUCUGUUGGCUCAAUAUAAUUUUGUGGCUUUGCAGUUGUGCCUUUCUGGGUGUUGGUGUGUGGCUGCGUUUGUCGUACGAGGGUUAUGCCACGCUACUGCCGGAUCAUCAUGUCUUGAGCGCAGACUCCAUAUUCUUAGGGAUCGGUGUAAUCGGCUUUGUUGUCUCAUUCUUUGGUUGCUGUGGCGCUUGGGUGCAAUCGCGCUGUUUCUUAGUGUUGUACUUCCUGCUAAUUGUUAUGCUUUUCUUGAGUGAAUUCCUUAUUGGAGCGAUAGCUUUUCUCUUCCGUGGCGGCUUGGGACGCACCUUUGCCAAUGAACUGCGUUUUGGCAUCGAACGACACUACAAUGCAUCUGAUCGUGGCAGUUUGGUGGCGCCUUCUGUGGCUGCCAUCUGGGAUAGCGUGCAGCAAUCCUUCCAGUGCUGCGGCGUCUCCUCCUAUGAGGACUGGUAUGAUAUUCAGUCGUGGAGCGGCAAACGUUGGGUGCCCGAAUCCUGUUGUCGGCCAUCAGAAGCGCGUAGUCUACUCACAGAGGGUUCUGGCGAUAGUUUUUUGCGCGUUGAGUGUGGAAAAUCCGAAAAUCCCUCUCUCUGGUGGAGCAAAGGUUGUGCGCACUCAUUGCAAGCCUGGUUUGAGGAUCAAUUGAAUGUCGUCGGUGCCAUCGGUUUGGGCAUUGCAUUCGUACAACUCUUCGGUUUGAUUACAUCUAUGCUGCUAUUCUGCACUGUAAAACAUAAACGCGAAACGGAAACCUACAAAUCAUAUUCGCCAUCUAUAGAUCCGCAGACGCGAACGAGCAGUUGGGAGGACUGAAGUCGACUUUAGCAGUGCGCUAAGUGCAACGAUAGUAUUCAUAUCAUAUCUUAUUGAUUAAAGGCAUUUAAUUAAGAUAUAUAUAUUUAUAAAAUAUUUUACGAAUUAACAAAGUAAAAAGUAAAUCGAUUAUGUUUAAUAGUAGUAAAAAUAAUCUAUUUAGCAUUAAUUUAUGUGUAAGUUAUACAAUUGUUGCUAAACUUGUAUGCAAAUUGUGCCAAAAAUAUUUAUUAAGUGCCCUCAGAAAUUCGAUAAAGACAACUUUUUUUUUGCUCUAGAUCAUUUAAAAUAGUUUAAUUGUUAGGCAUUAAUAGUGAAUGCUCCAACAUUCAGAGUGUGAGGAGGAGUUUCAGCAAUCACUAUUGUAUAUUUCAGUUUAAAUUAAGUUAGCCUCGAAGUGCAAUAUAUUAUUUAUAACAACUGCAAUAAACUGCCAGUUAU